CGAGCCAACACAUUGCCGAUACAUCACUUCAAUCAUGUCAUUGCCCGAAUGCAGACAACACAAGUGAUACAUUCAUAUACCUAAUAUUUUAAUGAACAAGAUGGCGGAGAACGAGACCUUUAUGCUGGGGAAGAGAAUGAUCGCCGAUGAUACCUCGACGUGAUAAUACAUCAUUUGGAGGAGAAAUAAAAAGUGCCGCCUUCAUUGGAGACUCAGACAUUCUGUUGGGAACAUCUUUGGAACUGCUAUCAGCAGCAGCUGAAAUCAAGAGGCUACAACAACAAGUUCAUCAGUCUGAAGCCUUAUUCAAUGAAUACAGAGUGUGGUAUGAACAACAUGAAGCUACAUUGGGAAAUCCUGUAAGUGAUGACAAACCCAAACCACUGACUAUUCAGGAGAUUUUAAAGGAGGAAUCACAGAUUCAAGGAUUAUUUGAAUAUUAUACAGGAUUCAAAUUCUCAAGAUUCCAGGCCCUACUUGACGUUCUCACUAUUCAGGCCCCACAACACCAUAAUAACAGGAAAGACAUAGUUAACAUGGAGUGCGAGGAUAAACUGUUGUUAUCAAUGAUAAGACUGCGACACAAUUUUGGUCUUAAAGAUCUGGCUUUUAGAUUUGCUAUCUCCACUCAAGCAGUGAUUUGCAGAACAGGAUGCGAACCUCUGGCAUACCGUGAAACGUAAGUUUGCAAGUCCCUGGCGCAGAUGGAAGAAACUCGUAAACUAGGCCUGCUGCACAUCAGAUCUUGUCACUCUUAGAUAUUGAAGAAUGGAGGAAGGGUAAUACUAUAUAAUUUUGGGAAUGUGGCAUGGGGUAAUAAUGUACUGAUGAUUUGUUAUCAACACAGAAUUAAUGCUUUGUCCUU